AUGGCGGAACCAAGUACCAAGAACAUUGUCAUCCUUGGAGGUUCCUACGCCGGCGUCUCAACAGCCCAUUAUCUCCUCAAACAUGCCAUUCCAAAAUUAUCAGACUCGCACACCUAUCAAGUCGUCUUGGUCAGCGCUUCACCUGAGAUAAUAUGUCGUCCCGCCUGUCCUCGUGCAAUGAUUUCAGACGACCUCCUCUCACAGGAGAAACUCUGGGUAUCAAUUCCAGAGGUCUUCAAGAAUUACCCCGUUUCCAACUUCCGGUUCGAGCACGCCCGGGCAGAGCAUGUAGACCACGCGAAUCGGACAGUAUCCAUUCGCUACGAAGUGGAAGGGGAUGAUGAAAAAACCAUUCCUUUCCAUGCACUUGUCAUCGCAACAGGUUGUUCGACUCCAUCACCUCUCUUAGGCCUGAACAAAGACUCAGCGGAAUUACGCACGCAAUGGGCUCUUUUCCGGGAUGCGAUGAAGAAGGCGAAAAGCAUCGUUAUUGCUGGUGGUGGUCCGGCUGGGGUUGAAACUGCAGGUGAACUGGGCGAAUACCUUAAUGGACAGCCAGGCUGGUUCGCAGGCAAACUUGAGAAUCCCAAAGUAGACAUCACGGUCGUGACGUCUGCAUCUCAGAUCCUCCCAUUACUGAGACUCAGUAUCGCUGUUAAAGCAGAGGAUUAUCUCGCGUGCGUGGGUGUGACCGUUAUUAAGGGUACCAAAGUCAGGGGCGUAACGCCGCCAGAAUCAGGGACUGAUCUUGCACUUCCGACUAAAGCCACUGUAUCACUGUCCGAUGGAACGGAGCUCAAUGCGGAUAUCUAUAUCCCGGCUGUGGGUAUGACGCCUAACACAUCCUUCCUGGAUAAAUCGCUACUCAUGUCCGAUGGACGGGUGGAGACUAAUCAUUCUACUCUCCGGGUGGAUAAAGCAGGGGACCGGGUCUACGCUGUUGGUGACGUAGGCUCUUAUGCACGACCGGCUGUUCAUUCGAUUCUGAAUGCUGUGCCGGUCGUGUGUGCGAACAUCAAGCGGGAUUUACUUCUUGCGGCUGGGGAUGAUGCUGCAGCGGAGCGUUCGUUCAAGGAGGAUACGCGGGAGACACAGAUGGUUCCUAUUGGGAGGAGUAAAGGUGUUGGCGCAGCGAUGGGGUACCGGCUGCCUAGUUUCCUGGUUUGGUUGAUCAAGGGUCGGGAUUACUGGCUCUGGACGACGGCGGAUUUGUGGAGUGGGAAGCAGUGGGAGAAGGAGUCUUGA